GACGCGCACGCACGCUCACCGCUUCAUUUAGUGUCAUAAAUAAAGCGGACACGAGACGUUUGGUCACUUUCAUAUCGAUGAAUAGACAUUCUUACAUUGUAUCUAUUAGUAUAUCUGAUUUAUUUUAUCGACUAUCACGUUCGUUCGUUCAUAUCAAUCAUGUAUACGUAUCUUUUUUAUCGCUUGCGUUAACGUGACCUCAUAUUUGAUAACGAUAAUUUUAUUAUAGUAUCAUUGUAAUUUCUGUAUCAGUGCUAAGCGGACCGUGAUUUACUGUUACAAAAUAUAAAAUAUUUAUUGUAAAAAUGUUUUUGUUGUUAAUUCUUUCGGCUAUAGUUAUUUUUUUCUUAACUGUGAAAAUAUAUCAGAAGUUUACAUGUCGUGUUUGUCAGUCAAGUGUUCAUAUGGUUGGAAAAGUAGUGAUAAUAACUGGUGGUAAUAGUGGAAUAGGUUUGGAGACAGCGAAGAAUCUGGCGGACCGUGGAGCACGUAUUAUUAUAGCAUGCCGAAGUGUCAAGCGAGCUCAGGAGGCUAAGGAAGAGAUAAUUAAGGCAACGGGGAAUAAAGACAUUGAAUAUCGACGCCUAGAUUUGGCAUCAUUUCGUUCUAUUCGGGAAUUCUGUGAAAACAUAUUGAAAACAGAGAAACGUUUAGAUGUUCUUAUAAAUAAUGCAGCUGCCGGUGGUCUUGGGAACUAUAAGACUGAAGACGGUAACCACGUGGGUAUGCAAGUGAAUUAUUUUGGACCAUUUCUGUUAACGAAUCUCCUGUUGCCACUUUUAAAAACCUCCGCACCGAGUCGAAUUGUAAAUGUAUCUUCGGUCAUUCAUAAAUAUGGUGAAAUGGACUUUGAAAAUUUAAACAUGGAAAAGUACUGGAGCGAUUAUUUGGUUUAUGCUAAUAGUAAAUUAUAUUUAAAUUUAAUGACGCUGGAGCUCAGCCGCAGAUUGAAAGGAACGAAUGUUACUGUGAAUGCUUUGCAUCCAGGUGUUGCAGCCACAAAUAUUUUCAGAAAUAUAAAGAGUGAUAUUAUUCGAAAUGUAGUAUUAGUUAUUUUAAAUUCUUUAUAUAAAAGCGUUUGGGAGGCAGCACAGACAUCGAUAUAUCUCGCUGUUUCGCCAGAUGUGCAAAAUGUGAGUGGUCGCUACUUUAGCAAUUGUCGUGAGAAAACGCCAUCUAAAUUGUCUAGAGAUUCAGAAAUUGCAAAGAAACUUUGGGAAGAGUCAGAAAAAAUUGUAAAAUACACGUUAAAUAUUAGCUAAUGCAUCGCUAUUAAAAAUUGUAGAUGCCAACAAAUAUGGACUAAGUCAGUAUUCCUAGUUCCUUAUGCUUAUCCUCGCAAAGAAGUUGAACUCUCUUUAGUUUUUUCGAGGUCAGUGAAUCGAUUUGCUCAUAUCCAUUAUUUGAAU